UUAUACAUGAAGAGUGCAAAGGAAGCAAACUAUAGAGUUGUGUCUUUAAAAACAUUUAGAAACAAAUGGAAUUCAUUAUGCACCCACAUUGCAGUAGCUACACCAGCGACAGAUUUGUGUGUAAAAAUGUCAAAAAUUCAUGGGCAAAUUAAAAACCAAUGCUCAUCUGUCAGAUGAAGAAAGGCACAAUGUACUAAGUGACUAUACAUGUCAUGUUCAAAAGGCCAACCGGCAACGCCAACUUUUCAAGGACCCGGUUCUUUGUAGUAAAGCUGUGUGCAGUACUACAGAUGUCACUGAAGGUGCAGAACCAUGUUCACUAGAUGCCACACUUCACUACUCAUGGGAUUUUGCCCAGUGUGUACACUACCCUCAUCACGCCAUGCAAGUGGGGCCAAUCUACUUUGCGACACCAAGAAAGUGCCAUGUGUUUGGGAUGUGCGCUGAAGGAACAGGUCUGCAUGAGUCUGUUUUCUUGAGUAUGAUGCUACCGGGACAUACCAAAUUCACGCCAGAUUGGCACUUUGGUGUGUGGAAAAUAAAAUGGCGCCAAUCAGAUGCUGAAUGUAUGGAGGACAUUGCUUACACAGUUAAAGCAUCUUCUAGGUCCGGGCAUAACAUUCCGCAACGCGUAAAUGAUCCAUCUAGACCGGUGGUGUUUUUGAACUGGAAGACAUUUUUAGAAAACUAUUUCAAACUUUUAAAAAACAUCACAAAAUACUACCACUUUCGUUGCACUGCGGAUGAGCCAGGGUUUCUCAUUUGUCGAGAGUUCUGUGACUCGGAGGAAGUUAGAUUUAAUCUUCUUAAGGCAAGACCCGAGGCAGGCUGCCUUCCAACAGUUAAGUUUAUCCCCCCUCUAGAUCAUCUGAGGCAGUGGUAUCUUUACGAGAAAAUUGCACCGUUCUUUAUCAAUGAAGUUGCCAGAGACAUUGUGUGUCCCAAACCAUCUAUUCCAAAGUAAAAAAUGUGAGAGCUUGUUAUCCUAUUAACAAUUGUUCAUUUUCUCAAAUUGUUGUUCUUGCAUUAUACUUAUGAUAAACUGUUUUCUGAUUAGUAUUCAUGACUACGACAUUUACAUGGUAUUGUUAUUUGUAUGACAAUUAGCUGAAUAUCUUAUUAAUAGUGUGUUUCUUUUAUUGAAAGUGACAUAGCAAUCAAUAAUCAAAAAUAGUUUAUGGGCAUAUAUAAGCUGAACUGAGAUUUAUAAUUAAUUAACAACUCACUCAGUGAUUUCACUAUAAAAUAUUCUGUACAGUAUGAUUAUUACAUUGUAUAAUAUGACUGGCAUGUGUUCAAAGAUAACUUAAACUGUUGUAUUUUGUAUUGACAUCAAAAUGUGUGAUGUAAACAUAUGUGUUCAUAUUAUGUAUCUAUUAUAUUUUACAAGUAAACGAACAUAUUUUGUUGUGUAAAGUUUAAUCUAUGGUGACGUUUACCAUUGAAUAUUGAUGUGCUUAUUGCUGUAAUUUUCUUUUAUUUGAAAAUCAUGUUUUUGGACCUCUAUAUAUGAAAUGGGUUGAUAUUAUUUUCUAUCUACGUUUAUGGUCAAUUUCAUUGUUGAUAACAGGUACAAAUGAAAUUGAUAAUUUACUGUUUCCAUAGAAACUGUUAACUUAAUUUAAAAAAAUCUAAUUAAUUGUGUAUCAAUCUUUGAAUAAAAUACAAUUGCUAAAUAAACCAUGUAUGGCAGUAUAGAUGCUUAACAAAAAUUCAAAAUGUCAGGGUUUUUUUUCAUUUUAGUUUCAAGUUCGUUGCUAUACAAUAUGUUCAAUUUCUGAAUACACCCCUAUUUUCAGAAAAUGUUCAUACAUUGAUUUUACUAUAAACAUGUUGGUAAUGUUUAAUAUCUGUCCAGAAGAUAUUUUGUUGAUGUGUUGUUAUUCUGUGUCUUAAAUUCUUUAAAAUGACAAUACAUUUGAAAAAAGAA